GGUAACAAGAGCCACGGGGCAGGCGGUGACAACGGCGUUCGCCCCCUCUUUCUCCCGCCGGAGCUCCUCAAAACCCCGUCGCGGCCGCCGCCCGACGCGAUCGCGCUAAACCCUAGCCUCCGCCGCCGCGCCCGCCCCGCAUUCCCCGCCCGCAGAGGUUCCAGAGCGGUGGAAUGGGGAACAGCCGGCCCGGAGGGGCGCCUCCGACAACCAGUGGGAACGUGGCGAGGAGCAACGCGGAGGCCGCGACGGAAGCUCCCCGCUUGCGGCCACACGGAGGGCCAGGCGCGCCGGGUCCGGGGAGCCCAGGUCGGAGCACACCCCUUCCUGGUGGUCGGGAGAGGGGUUCCACGGGGGCAAAUGUGAUGACACCGUCUUGUGACAGGCAGCAGAACAGAGCGGUGGAGGAAGCGCCGCUCGGAGCGUCGAGCGCGGUUAAGAAGAGCAGUGUGCCCAAUUCUCUGUCAAGGGGUUCAGACAUAAACUCUGGCUCUAGGAUGGAUGCAGAGGAGCAAGUGAUGGGUGAGCAAGCGAGCAACGGGGACGCUGGCUCUUCCUCGAAGAAGCGGAAAAAAAGAAUGGAUGCAAGAAGCUACAUCAAGAGAUUCAAGACUGGCGUAAGAGUGGGUGCCUCAGAUAUAGUUGUUGCUUCCCCUGACAGGAUGGGCAAGGAGAAUACUGCAAGUGGGCAUGUGGCAGACAGCAACACUGCUAUCCUGUGUGAAGGUAGCAGGUUGAUUGAAAAAAGCAAGGGACAUUCAAGCCAUGCUGCCUUCAAAGUUUCUAACAGUCCUAUUUCUGGUUUACAUGAAACUUCAGACACAAGAGUUGACCAAUGUUCUACACCAUUGUCAGAGGUACAGCCACAUAAACCUACCGACGUGCAAAAUAUAGCGGUUGAAAGCAGUCUUCCAGCAAAGGCUAGAGAUCCACGCACUGGCCUUGCAAGGCAAAGCUUUCCAUCACCAUCAUCAUUGCAAAGUGUACCAAUACCUAUUCCUCAUGAAGAGAUUAAGAGCACAGUUGGAGAUGGUGAACCUAUUACUGUUCCAAAAGAAAAUUCAGCUUCAGGACAUCUCAAGGUGACCCAAUCUGAUGGAACAGAUGGUAACUCCAACAUAUGUGCUGCUUGUGGUCGUGGAACCCCAGGAACUUUUAGGUCUUGUGGUGGAAAAGGUUGCAAAAGUAGGUACCAUAUGUCUUGUCUGGAUCAAUAUUUGUCCCUUGGGAAUUGGUUCUGUACCAGCUGUACAAAAAAGAGGUUGCAGUUUGGCUUACAUUAUAUUGUUGAUGGGAUAGAGUCUGUGUGGGAUGUCAAGGAGGCUGAGGGAAUGCAAACUAGCAAGCAGUAUUUUGUCAAGUAUAAAAAUCUGGCACAUGUCCAUAACCGUUGGAUUCCAGAAGGUGAUAUUAAGGUCAUGCCUGGAGGUCCUGAUCUUCUUUCCUUGUUUAACAAGAGGAAUCAUACUGAAAAGACAAUUUGGAAGGAGGAAUGGACUAAGCCACAUCGCCUGUUGAGGAAGAGGCUACUUGUGCCCCCCAAAUUGGCUGAUGAUUUCUUCUGCGCUGAUGAUUUCUUUUGCUCAACUGGUGUCAAUUAUACAUAUUGUACUCUUGAAUGGUUAGUGAAAUGGAGGGGUCUUGGCUAUGAUCAUGCAACAUGGGAACUAGAGACUUCAUCCUGUUUAUGUACGCCGGAAGCUGACGAACUUAAAAAGAACUACGAGAACCGCCGUGAAGCUGCAAAACAAUCAUCUGUUCCCCAAAAAACAAAGGUUAAGCAAAGCUCAUUCCAGAAACUUGAGAGAUUGCCAGAUGGGUGCCAUCCUGAUUUUGACAAUGAUCACUUGUGUUCAAUCAAUCACCUUCGAGAGUACUGGCACAAAUCUCAUGGUGCUGUUCUUGUCGAUGAGAAGGAGUAUGUAAUGAAGACCGUGUUAUUCACAAUGUCUGUAUUACCUGACAUCAGCCAACCUUUUCUAAUUGUCACAACCCCUGGUUCUCUGUCCUUAUGGGAGGUUCAGUUCAAUAAGUUGGCACCAUUUAUCAAUGUUGUUGUGUAUGACGGGGGGAAAGAUGAGCUGAAAUUAAUUCGAGAUUUGGAAUUCUAUGAGAGUGGAAGCCGCAGUAUGUUACAGGUUCUCUUAUCCCAUCCUGAUGCUAUCCUAGAGGAUAUUGAACCUAUAGCACACAUUGGUUGGGAAGCAGUCAUAGUUGAUUGUUAUGAAAAGUCAGCUCUACAAUAUCUCGAACAACUGAAGGAAAUUCCCACUGACUUCAGAAUGUUGCUUGUGAGCUCCCAAAUUAAGGAUAAUCUUCCCGAGCACGUGAAACUUCUAGCAUUCCUUAAUUCUGGAGAGCAAGAAAAUGGCGAUCGCGUUGAUACUGCUGAGACCCUUAUGAUGCUGGAAGGAAACUUCAAAAGUCAUAUUGCAUAUGAGCGUCAAGCAGAUUCUUUAAAAAUAUUGGAGCACUGGGUUCCUGCUUACAUUUCACAACUGCAGCUGCAGAUAUAUUGUUCCAUACUGCUUUCAAACUCAUCUGUCCUCCAGUCGCAGAUGAAAAGUGAUAAAGCUCUUUAUGACAUUAUUAUGUCUCUCUCAAAGUGCUGUGAUGACCCUUACCUUGUUGAUGAAUCCCUGCGACCUCCUGUCAACAAUCAUGAUCACACUGAUCCUAUAGUUACGAGAGUGCAAGCAUGUGGCAAGCUACUGCUUCUUCAAAAAAUGCUUGAAGCAAUAAGGAACAAGAGGCUAAGAGUUAUUAUUCUUUUUCAAUCUGGUGUAGCAGGUGGAAGCUCAGUGGGUGAUACAUUGGAAACUGUUGUGCGUCACAAAUUUGGCCCGGAGUCAUAUGAACGUGUUGAAUUUCGUGGAUCAUUCUCAAAGAAAGCAGUGGCACUUAAUAAGUUCAAUGACAAGACUAAGGGGAGAUUUGUUUUUCUGAUUGAAACAAGUGCAUGCCUCCCAAGUAUUGAGCUGUCAUCUGUCGAUGCCAUUAUUAUAUAUAAUAGUGACCGGAACCCACUAAAUGAUCAAAAUGCUCUUGAAAAAAUCAAAAUAGAGGCACAACUUAGGCAUCCAAGUAUUUUUCGCUUAUACACUCCUUUCACAAUGGAGGAGAAGUGGCUUGUGCUUGCAAAACAGGGGAUGCUAAUUGAUAAGGAUAUAACACACAGCAUAAGCCAUUCCUUGAUUAGUUGGGGUGCAUCAUGUCUCUUCUCUAGACUUGAUGAGCUUAAGCAUGACAACUGUGCAAGUAAAAGCUCUGAAAGAGACAACUUUAUGAAUAAAGUAAUUUCAGAGUUCUUGGGAAAAUUAGCCACAAAUAUUGUAGGCAGCACCAAAAUUGCCUGCACAUCCAUAUCGGAAGCCAAUAUGAGCGGGAAAUUUUACUCAAGAAACAUUACUCUAAUUGGUGAAAAAGAGGAAAUGCGUGCAUUGGAUGGAGAUCCAUCUAAUUUCUGGUCAAAUUUACUGGAUGGAAAAUCCCCUGGUUGGAGCUAUAUAUCUGAGCCACCACAAUCAAGCCAUAUGAUCGUACAGAACUUGGAAGAACGAGCCAAGGAUCCUGCUGAAGAAGCCAAUCAAAGCAGAAGGAAGCGUAGAAAGGUUGGCGAAAUCACAGGUCCAUCUUCAAAAAGUUCACCUGACAACAAUCAUGAUGAUAUGUUGCCUGAAAACUGUUCUACAUCGAGUCCUGCUCUUCAACCGCUUGAUGACACACAACAAAAAUUAGGGGUUGAAAAGCGAAUGAGCACACCCAAGAAUCUUCACAUCCAACUUAAGAAAGAGCUAUCAAAAUUAAUUACGGCCCUACAAUUGCCGGAUGAUGUAAGAGCUAUGGCUGAACAGUUGUUUGAGUAUUUUUUGAAGAAUCAUCUUGUUGUUACAGAGCCAGUGAGCAUACUGCACGCAAUCAUCAUAUCCUUGUGUUGGCAUGCUGCUUCUGUUCUUAAGUAUAAGAUAAAUUGUGGAGAGUCGAUUGCCCUUGCUGGAAAAAGCUUGAACUGUGAGUGCAAUGAAGAGCUUGCAUCAUUCAUCUAUGGAAGAUUAAGGUUCCCAGAGGAAAAAAAUCCAAAUAGAGCAAUUGAAACUAGCAUCAAUGGUCAACCAGUGUCAGUAGAGGACACCCAAAUCUCAUGGGAGGAGACCUCUACCAACUUGAGAAACAACCACAUGCUCCAAAGUAAGGAAAUGGAUCAUGGUAAUUUGACGAGUACUGGACCACAAGAGGUUUCAUCUAGUGCUGAGCAUAUGAUCCCAGAGGUGCAGGAACCUAUCCAGGACACUCAUGGAGAAUGUCAUGUGUCAAAUGAUGAGCUUCCUAACAUGAUUGUGGAGAAAAGAACAGAGUUAGUUGACAACAAUCAUGACAAUUUCACAAAUGGUGCACCACAAGUGAUCUCAUCUGGUGCUGAGCAGAUGAUCUCAGAAGUGCAGGAACCUGUACAAGAAAUUCACAGAGAAUGUCAUUUGCCAAAUGAUGAGCGUCCUAACAUGACUGUGGAGAAAAGAACAGAGUUAGUUGACAGCAAUCAUGACAAUUUCACAAAUGGUGCACCACAAGUGGUCUCAUCUGGUGCUGAUCACAUGAUCUCAGAGGAGCAGGAACCUGUUCAAGAAACUCACAGAGAAUGUCAUUUGUCAAAGGAUAACCUUCCUAACAUGAUCGUGGAGAAAAGAAUGGAGUUAAUUGACAAUGUUUUCUCCUUGAGAGAAAAGAAUAUCCUUUGUAAACAACAGCUUGAGAUCUCAGGUUUAGACACAUACACACAGAACAACGUUAUCAGACUGAAAGAAGUGUGCAUUUUAGUUCUGAAGCAUAUUCGUAGAAGUCACAUUGAUGAAGUGACCAGGAGUGACAAAAUACAGCUAACUGUUCAGUGGUUCACUAUGCUUAUGUGUGCAUUUUUGGACCACAUGAGGCUCCAGCAUAACAAACUCGAGGCAGUGCAAUCUGAUAGGUGGCUCGUAGAGCGACAUCUGAAGAAGAAUCUCCAGCAGGUAGCAAAAUCAGGCCAAUUAGAUCAAGACUUUGAUCGGCAUAUUGCUCUACCAGAUUCAAACUUUGUUAUGGAAGAAUUCAUCCAUUUUAAGGAGCAGAGUGGUGAGUAUCAUAUUGUUGAAAGUUCUGUGCCAGAUAACCAGCAGCCAUUAGAUGAUGGAUUGUUAAUGGAAAUUGCAUUAGUACGAAAUGAAGUUCUGUCAGGGGCCAUAUCUACACAGGCAAUGGAAAAUGAGCCAGUUGCAACUUCCGUGAACUCAGGUGAAGGACCAGCAUCAGAAGCUGUUGAUUUUCCAGGAAACUGCAUCCUUAGUUCUGAUGGCAUGGGUGUACAAAGAGCUGGUUGUUCAUCAAGUACUAUUCCUGCAAAUGAUGAUUCAGUUGGUCAGGAAUCUUCAAUUGGUGACUGUAGAAAUACUGGACAUGUUGAGGCAGAAAAUAUUGCUAAUCCAGGUAUGUUGCUGGAAGGAGCAGAUUCUCUUGUUAGGGGAUUUAAUGCAAACACCGAUGACACUGUUGAUACAGAUCAAGUCCACUUGGAGUCACCAGUUAGUCCAGCUACCUUACCAGUGUCUACUGAAUUUGAAACUCAGACUUGCCAAUCAAGUAUGCAUGUGGAACAAAGUCCUGAAGCGCAACAGUCAACCUCAAUGAAAGAUCAACCUGCAGAAAAACGAGCAUGUAUUGUGGGUCCUGAGGCAGCAAUGCAGGAUCAGUCAGCAGAGGCUGAGCGAGCAGGUACCUUGGGUGCCAUAUCAGCUCAGGUUUUGCCGUCUGAAAUGCAAUCAUCAUCAACCUCAACGCGGGGCGUUCCUUUUGUGUCUGGUCUGCAAAGUUCGUCUGUCCAUCAAAGUGUAGUACCUUCACUGGAACCACAUGCAGGAGUAGAGUUACCGGGCACGGUGACACCUCAUGCUAUACAACCACCAGCCUCAAUGCCUGCGGAACAGAGUACGAGUCUGCCUGCCCAACAAAGCUUAGCAACAUUGCGUCAUCCACCAGCAGAAGCAGAACCAGCAGGUAUUCUGGCCACAGAGGCAGCUUGUGAUUUGCAGCCUGAAGUCCAACUGUCAACCUCAAUGCAGGAUCAACCUGCAGAUUCUCUUGUUAGGGGAUUUAAUGCAAACAACGAUGACACUGUUGAUACAGAUCAAGUCCACUUGGCGUCACCAGUUAGCCCAGCUACCCUACCAGUGUCUACUGAAUUUGAAACUCAGACUUGCCAAUCAAGUAUGCAUGUGGAACAAAGUCCUGAAGUGCAACAGUCAACCUCAAUGCAAGAUCGACCUGCAGAAAAACGAGCAUGUAUCGCGGGUCCCGAGGCAGCAAUGCAGGAUCAGCCAGCAGAGGCAGAGCGAGCAGGUACCUUGGGUGCCAUAUCAGCUCAGGUUUUGCCGCUUGAAAUGCAAUCAUCAUCAACCUCAAUGCGGGGCGUUCCCUUUGUGUCUGGUCUGCAGAGUCCGUCUGCCCAUCAAAGUGUAGUACCUUCACUGGAUCCACAUGCAGGAGUAGAGUUAUCCGGCACUGUGACACCUCAUGCUAUACAACCACCAGCCUCAAUGCCUGUGGAACAGAGUACCAGUCUGCCUGCCCAACAAAGCUUAGCAACAUUGCGUCAUCCACCAGCAGAAGCAGAACCAGCAGGUAUUCUGGCCACAGAGGCAGCUUGCGAUUUGCAGCCUGAAGCCCGACUGUCAACCUCAAUGCAGGAUCAACCUGCAGAAGAAGGAGCAUGUAUCUUGGGCGCCACUGCUACUCGAGGUUCGCAGCCUGAAGUGCAACCAUCAACCUCAUUGGAUUCACAUGGCAGAGGAGAAUCAACAGAUACGUUGGGUGUGGUGACAGCUCCUGAUAUGCAAUCGGAAAUACAACCAUCAGCCUUGAUGCAGGAUCAACCUGUGGCAGCAGAAGGAGCAUGUGUUCUAGGCACGACAGUAGCCCAGGAUUUGCAGCCUGAACUGCAAACAGCAACCACAGUUCAGCAUGAUCCACUUGAAAGAACACGUUCUGAAGAAAGGAGACAGCCUGGUUUUGAACCAAACACAGCAGCCAGUCCUGAGCAUGAUCUGCAGUCUGAAAUACAGCCAUCAGCCUCAAUGCGUGAUCGACCUGCAGGAGCAGAAGGAGCAGGUAUGGUAGGCAGUACGGCAGCCCAGGAUUUGCAGCCUGAACAGCAAUUAUCAACCACAGUUCAGCAUAUCCCUACCGGUCCUGAGCAGCCUACCCAACUCCCUCCAGUCACGCCAUUAGUGUUUAAUAAUCCAAUCAUUAGUGAUGAACCGCUGAGAAAUGAGUUGGAGAAAAUAAUUCAUUGGAGCACUUUGCUUGAUAAAGGUCAUGAAGAUAAGAGAUCACAGCUUCAGGCAGAGCGCAACCAAGAAAUAGAGAAGAUAAACAGGAAGUAUGACUCGUUACUUAAACAAGAAGAUUCCACUCAUCGUCUGAAGCGGACUCAGUUGAAUGGUAUCUACCAGAAAGUUUACGUGAGCAAAUCACUAGCUGAGAAUUUCCAACGCCAGUUCACACCAUCAGUUGCAUCUCAUGGGAGAUUGAUGAACCCUGUAAUGGAGCAGCUACCCGAGUCUUCUUCUUCAGCGGCUCGGAUCGCAGCAUCGCCGUCGGUUAUCCCAUCACCAUCCCCCGGAGUGGCAGCGCACAGUUCAGCAGAACCCUCCGUCCGCCCUCCGCCGGUGGCUCUACCAUCCUCAUCACGGACCGUCCAGUCACAGUCAGCCAUGCCUGGCAAUCUCUCUGGAGCAAUAUCAUCGUCAGCCAUGCCUGGCAAUCUCUCUGGAGCAACAUCAUCGUCAGCCAUGCCUGGCAAUCUCUCUGGAGCAACAUCAUCGUCAGCCAUGCCUGGCAAUCUCUCUGGAGCAAUAUCACCGCCUUUUGUUCCAGCGCCUUCGCUACAUGCAAGCCACGGACCUGCUGGACCACAGCUGCGCCCUGUCCAGCCACAAUCAGUUCCACCCAGCAUUCUGUACAGAACAAUGCCACCUGCUAUUCCGACACCUCGGCCACAGGGCAGCUACGGGCCCGCUGGAGCAGCAGCACAGCAGCUGCGUGCGCCCUCUCCUCAUCUGCAGCACCUCAGGAUGCGCCCGCCAUAUGUCAUCUCCACAGACCACCACCAGCAGCAGCAGCUUCCUACCAUCAUAGGGGUUCCAGCGGGUGGGCAGUUUGCCACGGAGAGCCUAAGGCCGACGUUUCCGUUUCCGCAGCCAGGCGCCGUGCUAGCCUCCAUGACUCCAGCAGGCUCGGCUCACCAGCCAGUGCUGCCGUCAGCGUCAGGCUCAAGCCCGGCUACCCCGUCAUACCUUUUGCCACCUGGCCGGCAUCUAGACCCCGUCUGGACGCCGAACCCCGCUCUCACGUUUGCCCAGGUCCAGCAGCAGGCAUCGUAUCUGAACAUGGCCUUGGGCGGCAGCAGCAGCAGCACCUCAGCAGGUCCGGCGGCGCCAGGAAGCCAGCAGCACGCCGGCGGCGCUCAGCUACCUGUCGUCCUCAACCAUCCAGGCCUGGAACCGAACAGCAACCCGUACAUGCCGGCCAGGUUCGGCGUGGAGCCUGACAGCGUCGGCCCCAGCAACGCAGCAGGGCCCAGCGCGGAGGUGGUGUGCCUGUCCGACGACGAAUCCUAGUCGGCGCGAUGUGUUGUAGGCCAUCGGUUGCUUCACUCUUCUGCUGUUGUUGUCUUGAGUCGUCCACUUAGAAGCCGGUGUAGAGCCUUUAGCAGCGAAUAGCAUCCUUGUAUAGCCGAGAGAUGCGUGGGCAGAGGAACGCCCCUGUUGAUGUGGUAGCAAUUUUUGAACUAACUCCAGUAAGUUGUUUAUAGAAGUGCCGGUUGUUUCAGCGAAUGCCCAAUUAACCCUUUGCGUGUUC